UGUACAUUAAAGCACCUAUGCUUUAUAGCACAAUAAAAAUGCUCAUAUUCCAAACCACCCCUAAAGUGAAAACAGUAACCAGUUAUUUGUUCCUUGCUGUAAAAAUGAACAAGAGUGGAGGAAAGAAAACCCAAGAAACGAGGAGAGGCAACUAACCUAGCUUAUGGAGACAAGCCGACAGUAGAACUCGACCAACAAACCCUUUCGAUUCCCACUCCUAAUGCCCUUCCAACUGCUACAUUCCAUUCCUUGGACUGCUUCUUUGUUUUACUUUUACCUUGUAAUUCAAGCAAGGAAAUGAAGGAAGAAGGAACUCCAUCUGCCACUUCCCCGCAUCCACCAAACUUUGCUGGCUUCCCUCUUUCUUUGAGGUACGCCACAUCCAUCCAUCCAUGGCUUUUCCUCAUUGGACUUAGUGACUCGGCUGCCGAAUCUGCUUUGCUACCCUCUCUCUCAUACGUCAUUCAAAAUCUAACACCAAUACUGAUCAUCCUGUCAUGGCCUAUAUAUAGUGACCAACAUGGCUGCUUCACAAGCCAAGCAAUGCAAACAUAACAACAGAACUUCCUUACCUUCCCUUCUUCCUUCCAACCUUCCUUUUGUUAUCAAUCAAUCUUGCACCAGACCUAUAUCACUGAUAUCAGUUCUUCUUUCAUGGAUAGGCAACACAGCUGUGAACCCACUGCAACCAUCAUGCGCUCUUCUUCCAUUGCCUUGCUGCAGGAAAGGUUCCGGCAGCUAGAGAGGGCCAGGGAGACGAGGCAGCAGCGCGAGUUCUUCCAGUUCCUCGCUGAAGCAGAGCAAGUGAAACCAGUCGCCACCACCAUGCUUGUUUAUGAUCCACCAGACAACUUUUCUCACCUUGAGCUUCUCUUUCCAUCUAAGCAGCAGCCAUUGACCCCAUCCAAGAAACCAAUAUAUGGACAAUGUAACCUUGAUCUUCAAGUCAGAGAGAUCCCAGAUUUGGCGAGUCUACGCUCCUCGGAUCUCCUAAUGAUGCAAACUCAUUACAGCUACUUUGAUGAUUCAGAUGUUGAUACCUCUCUUCAUCUCUGAAACUACUUUUUGUUCUUUUUUUUACAAUAGAGUUCCUCAGCAUUUGUCUUUCUUUCCUGCUGCUGGUGUUUCUAAAGUGUGUUUUUCUUUAGUGACCUCUUUCACUGGGAAUUGUAAAAGUCAACGCACAAAAAAGAAACCUCAACCUCAAGAAAUAUGAGAAACAAGGAGGGGGAAAAAAGAGUGGAUAGUAAUCUAAUUUCUAAUGUCUACGGGGAUUCUCAUCAUUAUCAUCAUCAUCUUCUUCUUCUUCUUCUUCUUCUUCUUCUUCUUCUUCUUCUUCAUGUUCAGCAAUUACAUUGGAAUCUUGAAGAGCAUGCACAGGUCUAUCUUGUAACGAAUCCUCCUCAUAAUCCGACUCUUCACCGCUGCUGCUCCAUUUCCUCUUCCUGAACUUUGGAAUCAUGCGAGCUACUUCUUUGGCCUCCACCGCCUCCUCGCUAUUGUGUAUCCUCUCAAAACGAACUGCACCGACCUUCCGCGCAUUUCCAGCUAAUAUCUAAAUGAAAGGAACACAAACAACAACGUAUAAUUGCAUUGGUCUAUAACUGAGCUCACCAUGAAAUGUAGCCUUCCUUUGCCUUUUUUAUAAAUGCUUUCAUGCAGGAAAUUCAACAUAUAAUGUCCGACACCACUUUGCAAAUGACGAGUCCUUUUCUUGAAGAAACAAGAUCAGUUUCGCAUGCCAUAAAAACAGAGAUGAAACAAUAGAUCCAAACUGUCCAGUUGUUCCAGAGAAACGAGGCUUCGGAUUAAAAUGGAUGAGUUCACUAUUGAAUUCUAAGGUAGCUACGUAGGUUGUAAAAAUAACCAUUUAUGAUAAAUGGUUCUCUAUAUGUUAUGUGAUGGGAUCCUAUGAGCAUUUCCUAAGAUUGUUGAUAUCACGAUUUGUAAGCAAAUGGUAAAGAAUUUUAGCACUUUUUUUAUCUUAAGUGUGUUUGAUUGACAACCAUGCCCAAACCACAGUUAACAUGGCGUCAAUAAACUUAAAACUUAAUUGACCAAAGACUAACCAAAAUAUUGCCUUCUAUACCGUCUACCAAAUUAUAUGUUUCAGAAUAUUAUUUUACCAUAAAAAUUAUAAUCUUUAGUUUGUUCCAUGCCACAUUCUAACCAAGGCUUUCAUUCAAGACCGAGGUUCAAAAAAAAAAAAAAAGCUUCCUUAGUCAUACCUCAAGCUUGUAUAUUAGAUGCUUUUCAUUCAGUUCUCUUUCAGACUUGUCCUCGUUAUCCUCAUCUUCUUCAUUCGACUUGUCAAGAACCACUUUGAUGCUUUCGCCAGUCCUUGGAAUGUAUCCAAAUGCUUCGCAUAUAAAACCUGAUACUGUCUCAUACUGAAGACCCUAUACCACAGGAAAAAAGGGUAUUGGAGGAGGAAUACAAAUGUGGAACUUAUAAGAUGUUCUUCAGGAAUCUGCAACCAUUUCUGAAGCCAUGUAAAAAUUAAAGCAAAAAAGGUGGCAAUUUAAAGGUUAUUUGGUUGUUUCGUUUUGUUUUUUCUUUUCCCCAAAAAAUGCUACGUGGUUUAAUUUCCUUGGAGGAAGAUGUCAAUGGAAGACAAUAAUGAGAUGAAUGAAAAAGCAUGGGAACAGACUAGAUGACAUUAAGCUUCAAGGUUGUAAUGUAAUUAAUUAACACACUUUCAGAUACUAUCUUUUUUGCCUUUAACAUGAUUAACUUUUUCACAACUAGAAAGCAUAAUAAUUGGAUUACCACAACUAGAAAUAUGGAUUGCUCAGCAACACAAAUACUGAAAGCUGCCGGGAGGUCAUAAGUCAGCGCAUCUAUCUAUAAGCAAUGUUGAUUUUAUGUUCAAGAACCAAGUAAAAGAGCAUAUUGUGUCAAAAUACUGCUCAUGUUACUAACAAUAUCAUCUGUUUUCCUGCAUAAAUUAUAAAGGUAAUGCAAUGUUCUGCUCACAAACCUUGUAAACGCAUUUGAAUGAGAUAAUGUAAGCGUUUGUAUAUGCAUGUAAUAUGCCUAAUAAAUGCUAGGGAAAAAAGACCUAGCAACAGUUGAGGCAAACCAAAUGUAUAAGUUGCCUGGCUGACCAUGGAAAGCUUCAUAAUAUCAUGGACAGCUCUAAGGUGCCAUCGGCAUACUUACUCUGUUUCCCUCAACUAAAAUCAAACCAUUCAUGACAUACCUCUGGCAUUUUAAUGUUUAGAUCUUCAGAGAGUUGAUCAAUGGAUGUAUUGGCAUCAACAUCGUACACUCCCUCUGCUCGCAUUACUAUGUAUCCAGUUUUCUUCUGUAUCUCCUCCUGUGAUAGGACAUUGUCAGUAAUCAACUCAAGUUAUGAUUCAAAAACACGGGUAUAACCAUAAAAUGAAAAGCACAUGAGCAGUACAAUUUGGAUUCUAUAAGAAAAUACAUGACAUUAACCAUUAUAAGGAUGUCAAAAACUGGGCAUUCUAGUAUUUACUAAGUAUCAAAACAAAAGGUUCCCAAUUGUUACACGACUGCUUAUGUACCAACAAUUGGACAAGAUCGUGCAUGAACGAGUAGAUAUAGGGCUAUCAGAAUGCACACGAAUGUUACACAUUUACCUUUGAAUCAUUUUCGUCAAAUAUUUCACCGACAAUCUCUUCAACAACAUCUUCGAGGGUUACCAACUAUAUUAUUGCCAUAAUAAACAAGAAAAAAGAUGAAGUCAUAUAAAAGAAGGCAAUAAAUAAACAAGUGGAUAUACUGUUCAGGUGAUUGGCCUACUUGAAAUGUAAAAAUAGCAUUUGAGCUUUUCCAGGAUUUUUUAGAGAAUGCAUGAUCCAUGAGAUAUCUGCAUCCCUUCAGAUAUUAACAUACAGAUCUCCAUUUUCAUCCAAGGACUUAUCGACAUAUUAAACUAGACAUCAUUUAGUGGCAUCAAGACACCAUUAAUCACUACUAAGACAUGCUAUCUAGCAGAGUUAGCCGCCUGAAACAACUGAUAUCAUGUUAUGGCAUCUAUUAAGGAACAACUGAAUAAAAAAUAAUUAGUUUCUUCACAAAGAGGUCAAGCAUUGCUCAGUAUUUUCCUUUCCAACCCUCAGUCAAUUAUUGUCUUACUGAAAAACAACUCUUGGAUCUAAUAGUUAAGUCUUGGUCAAUUUUCUCCGUAACAAACUCCACCAAGUACACACACUUCCAGUCACUACCGUGGGUUUUGUCAAUUAAAGAUUGCUAUAUCCCCAUAAAAAGUUGGACCCGAUUCUCUUUAGUCAAUGUCUAACCACUAUUAAUGACCUAGCUCCAAUCACGCAGCGUAAAUCGACAGUCAAGUAGUUUUACUUGCCAUCCAUAAUGAAAUGGAGAAUUGUAU